AUGAGUAAAUGUCAAGCAAAAGUUGAGAAAACUGUUCCUAGGUCGAUUUGGGGAGUUACCAAAAAAAUGGAAAAUUGUCCAAAAGACGCAAAAGGUGAGGGAUUUUUUUGUGAAGUGCAUGGAUGUUUUGACUGUUCUUGUAAACCGGUGGGAAAUUGUUCGGAAUAUGAAGGGGUAAAAUUGUGCUUAGUUUGUCAAGGGAAAAGGGAAUUUAAAAAAAAAGCAGAGGAAGAGAGAAAAAAGAAGAUAAUUGAGGAAGACCGCAAAGCAUUUAGGAAGGAACAAAAAGAAGCUGAAGAAAAAGAAGCAUUUAGGAAGAAAAAAGAAGAACUUGAGGAACAAGAAAGAUUGCGAAAGGAAGCCGAGGAAGAGAGAGAGAGAGAAUUUAAAAAAUUUAGCAAUCUCCAUAACCAAGUUCAGCAAGCGAUUAAAAAAGCCCAAGCGGACCAAGAAUUACGGCAAGCAAAAACCUUGGCCGGGCAGGAAAUUAACCAAUUCCUUCAGGCUGCUCCCGGCAUUGAUUCAACUGAAUUAGGAACAAUUAACGCCAACUGA